CCGGAAACACGUUUCAAACGCAGCAGUGAGCUGUCUGUCCGGAGAUGAGCGCACACCGGUGCCGGCUGCAGGCGUGCAGACUGAACCGUUUAUCACCGUUCACUGAACUCGGUCUUUGUCAUGUUUAAAACCCGGAAUACUCUUCUAACUGUGUGACUGAUUUUAACCGUGAAGAUGUUGACAGACAUGACUGUAGAGGAAGAAUUUGAGAUCAAGGAGGAGGAACCGUGGUACGACAAGCGAGACCUUGAACAUGACCUGCAGCUGGCAGCCGAGCUUGGUAAGACUCUUCUGGAGCGAAACAGGGAGCUGGAGCAAGGGCUGCAGCAGAUGUACUCCACCAACAGGGAACAACUCCAGGAGAUUGAGUAUCUGACGAAGCAGGUGGAUCUUCUCAGGCAGGUCAAUGACCAGCAUGCUAAAGUGUACGAACAGCUAGACAUGUCGGCCCGAGAGCUGGAGCAGAGCAAUCACAAACUGGUUGUGGAUCACAGGACGGCCCAGCAGAAGAUCCAGGGGCUGACAGAAACAGUGGAGCAGCUGCAGACGCAGGUGGAGGAGCUGCAACAUCAGGUGGAAGAGAUGAAGUUGAGUCCAUCUCAGCCUCAGAAGUGGCCCCCUCGCAGCGCUCAGAGUGUGUCCUGUCUGAAAGAGCUGCAAAACACACUCAGGUUCAACUAUGACGCCGACAAACCCUCAGACGGCCUUGAGUGCUCCACCAUGUCGUGGCAUGAGGAGGAGCAGGCGUCACUACGACAGUCCCUCCGCACCCUCCAGACUCAGUUUGCCGGGGAGCGCGCUCGGAGGGAACAGUCGGAGCGAGAGGCCGAGCUGCUCGCCGGUGAAAAUGCAGCGCUGGAGCAGCAGCUGGCCGGGAUGGAGCAGUGCCAGGCCAGAGUGGCUGAGCUGGAGCGGGAGGCUGAGGAGCUUCGUCAGCUCUGGAAAUCCGAGUCCUCCCCAAGAUCCACCAGGCCGGACGACAUCCACAGCCUGCUGCCUAACUCCAUGUUCCUCAACCCGGAGGAGGAGAGUGAAGGGGACGCAGCUGCAGCCAGAAGCCCCUGGGUCCUGAAGCGCUGGGACAGUGAGCGGCUUAUGAAGGCAACGCAGUUGCCCGACUCUCCCGACAGCAUCUAUGACCAUGAGUGCUCCUGUGUGCGUCGAGCCGAGGUGGUGAAAUAUCGCGGGAUCUCGCUGCUCAACGAGGUCGACGCCCAGUACAGUGCCUUGCAAGUGAAGUACGACGAGCUGCUGCAGCGCUGCCAUCUGGGGCUGCAGGAGGAGGAGCAGGAUGGGCAGAACCACAAGUCGGUCCAGGCGGCAUCCCUCGCUGCCGCUUGUCCUGCUCUCACAGACAUGGAGGACUUUGAGGACGACUUUCACCAGCCAGAGUACAAGGAACUUUUUAGGGAAAUUUUCUCCCGCAUUCAGAAAACCAAAGAAGACCUGAUUCAAAACAGAGGGAGACCCUCAGCUGGUGAAGCGCUGCCUGUUUUGCUUUAGUUGCUUCCAAAGACAAGAAACAAAAAGAUCUGCUGCAAGAUGAAGUAUUGUCUUUCAGUUGCAAAGCGACUCUUUGGAAAGACUUCUACAGCAGCACACGAAGCUAACUAACUCCACACAUCACUGUAUGUUAUUUGCCCCAGAAAUGGUGAUCGGUUAAGAGAUUAGAGUGAUGCAGGAACAAGAAGGCCUAACACCACCAGCUCAUGUCUCAGAUGUGGCUCACUUUGCACAGAAACACCAGUGCCUAACUCUGCCGUCUCUACUGUACAAUCACUCUACCUCACUUUGCACAGCCCUGCUCACAAACAAGCUCCCGAGGAAAUCAUUUCUGGGUAUUCUUUUCGUAAGCUGUAUCGGUAACACUUUAUUUUAGGGCUCCCAUAAUUUCCUAGAAAGAAAUUGACAGUUUAAUGUAAAUUCACAGAAAGGUUCCUGGUAAAGACGCAGACAUAGACUUGGUACUGAUUUUAGAGAAAACGGGGAAUGUGUUCAGUAACUACACUUCCAAUUAAACACUAUCAAAAUAAUAGCUUAAAAUAUCUUUUAGUCAGUGCAGAGCAGGUCAGCUGAACAUGGGGAAAUUUGUCUAAAUUUAAUUGUAUACAAUUAUUUAACAAUUUAAUAUCAAGUAAGUUCCUCUGUUUAGGACUGCAACUAAGGAUAUUUUCCAUUACCGAUUAAUCAGUUUUUUUUUAGUUUAGUACAAAAAAAGCACAACUUCCGAGAUUUCAAGCAACCUCUUCCAACAUCUUGUUUUGUCCAAGCAACAAAACCCAAACAUACAUUUAAUUUACAAAGAAGAUGAAGAAAAACCAGCAAAAUGUCACAUUUGAAAGCUUUUUUAGCAUUUUAAGACAAAAACAUUUCUUAAAUGAUUAAUCGAAUAUCCAGAUUUAUUUUGUUGAUCAGCUAAUCACCUAAAUUAACCAAUUGUUUCCACUCUCGUUGCUUGUGUAACCUAAAAAUUCAUAGUCAGUAAAACUGGAUCUAAGUUCAAUUGUAUAUAUUUAUGAUAAUUCAACAUAAAUGUAGAAUUGAGUUUCUUUAUUCCAAACCUGCAAUAACAUAAUAAUGACAG